AUGAAUAAGGAGAAAAAAAACAGCAGUGUCCAAAACAAAAUUCUGUACUCUCGGGUGUCCUACCUCUACCAGGCUGCCAACUACCUCUCCGGCUGCGCGGACAGGAACCGACAUGGAGCAUUGCAUCCAGUAACCAGGGAUGACGGGUCCUCCGGUAUCCGGCUCAAGGCUGCUCAGAACAUUUCUCGAUCCCUUACCUCGGAUCUGAGGGCAGUAGCUUUGAAGGGGCAGAUCCGGCUGAGCCCCGCAAUGAAGCAGACGAUUUGCAAGUUCUGCGAAACCCUCCUGGUCGAAGGGCAAACCUGCCACUCCGUCAUCGAAAACACGAGCAAAGGCGGCCGCAAACCUUGGGCAGAUAUCCUGGUCACCAAGUGCGCCACAUGCGGCAGAUCAAAGAGGUAUCCCGUCAGCGCAAAGCAGCAAAUGCGAAGAGCGAUGCGUACGCAAGCAUCUGCACCUGCCGUGGCCAAUCUGCAGACGUCAAAGGCCGGGGAUGCGCGAAGUAUGAUAUCCACCGUCGGUCCCGAACAACAUCCACGGGCCGUAGACGUUGUUGUAAGGCCUUCUGCGAGGGACGCUUGA